AGCUGAAUAUUUUAAUCAACGAACUACGAUCCAGAUUGUGUUGAUCAUCAAGAUAUUUGGAGUUCGUACAGACCCAAACACAAACACACGUACUAUCGCACUAGUUGCCGCCUUGUUCCUUCGCACAAGCCCCAAUCCGUUAGUUCCAACCAGUGUUAUCUCCUUUGGAACGGCAAAUCUCGAUUCAAAAAUUGAGAACUUUAUUCUUCUGGAUAUGGGAACACCGAUUGCUAAUUAUAUUGGUGUUGGGAUUCCUGAUCCUAAUAAUCAUAAUCUUCCUUUUCCUCCCUGUAAUGCGGCUGGUAUUCCGAUAUACACAAUGAAUAUUCCCGGGACAGAAUUAUAUGACGGAGUUCCAGUGGGAAAUCUCCCACCAAACUUUAAUCUUGGAUGCGAUAUAGAUCUCUGGGAACUUCAGUCUACAAUACGACGCCACUUAAGAAUUUGAUUUUAUAGAUGAAUACUUGGAUUAGCUGUAUCUUUAUUACAUUUAUUUUGUAUUUCAAAUUAAGAUUUUAUUUUAUUUUAUUUUGAUUUAAUUUUAAUAUUUUAGCUUAAUACUAAUGUUUGAUCAAAAA